UUCAUUUAUUUUGUCCAAGACUCGUUCAAGACAAGAGGCAGAGGAGGGAGAGCCUGGGAUCCAGGUUGCCCCUUGGUUGCCCCAUCGUGACAAGGUCUUGGGUCGUGACCAAUGAACAUCUAGUGCUAGUCUCUGUGUCUUGGCUCUAAAGAAAAAUGGCGGCUGGAAUGAAUGAGGAGUGGUAAACUCGGUUAUGAGAGGUUUGCUGUAAUAUUGUUGCUCGAUAAAUUUCAAUGAUGACUAGCCCUUGGUCAAGGCAAUCAUUCAAAGCAAAAGUUGCUCCCAAAAGCUGUGACUCUAGUCCUUUUACGCCGCGUCAGUCUUUAACCUACUCUUCAGUUAUUGGUGACACGACCACAAUUGCAAGAAGUCAGCAAAGAGCUCCGUUAACUUCUCAUUUGUUAGAAGAGACUGAUAAACAUCGUGUGGAAACCUUUGGUCAUCCUUUACCAGUUCAGAUUAGUGAGAAGCUUACCAACAAAGAGGCUCUCCAGCAUACAAGCGUUAAGAUUGACGAAUCAGGCUGGGCAUGGCUUGUUACUGGAAGAAUGCUCUUCAUUUGGCGCUUUAUGUCAGCAGCUGGAACAAAGGGGACAUUAUGCAAGGAGCUGAUGUUGCCAGCUUCUGAGUUAUACCAUACAGCUGAUCUUGUCUGUGUUAUGAGCCCUGGUGAUGAUGAGAGCAGUGAUAUGUCUGGUGUGUCAGUUAUGACAGUGUCUCCAGAAGGAGUGGUACGAUACUGGCCUAGUCUUAUUCAUGGGAGCAGCACAAUUGACAUGGACACAGAUUUAAUAGGAUCACAGUGUCAUUCAUUAACAGCUUUUCAGCCAUUUGGAUGUAUCUUGAUGACAACCACCAAUGAGCUUUUGCUGCUGACUGGUUCACAGGCCAUCAGGUGUCAGAACCUUAAUGCAUCAAACAGUGUUUUUACAGAGCUUGGUCGACGUGUGACAUCUUUCAUAUUUGGUUCUCAGCAAGCGAGUCAGGAAGCUACUAAUUGGCAGCGAGUCCUUGCCAGUGACAUCAUGGCUGAUAAGUCAAGGGAACUGUUUGUACUGAGUGGAAAUCAGCUGUUCAUAUGGCAGGUUUUUCGAACGGGACCAGGCAGUGUUCAUGAAAAGCUUGUCUUCCAGCUAAGAUUGGAUAAUUUGUUCAUUUCAGCUGCUGUUAACACACCACAGCUCGAGGCACAGUCAGCUGAUGACAUCAUGGUAUGGUGUCUAGACAUGGCUCAGUUAAGGUGUGGUUCCACAAUUUACAAAAUUAUUGUAUGUUGUAUGGUCAUAUGAGAGCAUGGAAAGUGACAUAAGGAAGCCUUUAAAGUGCUUUUAAUUCCCACAAAAUUGUUGGAUUUUGUUUGUUGAGUUUUUUGAGCAAAUGUUUUGAUGCGUCUACAUUUUCAUACCAUUAACAAGCUGUGCUCUAGGAAAAAUUCUAGGGAACCCUUUGGGCACCCAACAUUCUAGACCAGGGUGUCCAGAGGUCAAGCUUGUUGGCCUGAAUGAAAUUGAAAAAAAACAAAACAAAACAAAACUUAAUUAAGUGAUUAACUGUUUAAAAUUAUUUAAUAACAUUACUAAUUCAUAUAUAAUAACCAAUUGACCCUCAAAUAAAAAUUUAUUGCAUUGUUUCUAGGGAAUUUAUCCUAUUUACAGAUGCCAAACAUGAAAGGGUUUCAUGUAAUUUUUACUAACAUUGUUGUCAAAAGUCCACAAAGAAAGACAAAAUUUACAUGUUUUUUAGUUAAAAUUGUUGAUAUAUGGAGAAAAAUUAAGUCCUCUUUCCCUACAUGCCUCUGAUAAUUUAGUUCACAUUCUCCUUCAACUAGGGACUUUUCAUUCACAUUAUUCAAACCUCAAGAACUAAGAAGACUUUUUGUUGACACUACACAAAGUGCUGUCUGCAUCACUGCAGGCCAGUGUUAAAAGUAGGCAUCAAAGACGAACUAAGCCAUUUUUUUUUUAC